GCGCAGGCGCGCCCGGAGCCCGGGGAGGCGAGGCUGUCGCGCGCUGGAGCAUGUUUUUGGCCCAGAGGAGACUCUGCUCCCUUGACAGUAGAGCAAAAUUCCUGAAGACAAUUUCUUCUUCAAAAAUCCUUGGACUCCCUACUUCUGCUAAGAUGUCUUUGAAAAUCAUCAAUGCGAAACGAAUUGAAGGCCUUGAUAGUAAUGUGUGGAUUGAAUUUACAAAGUUGGCUGCAGACCCCUCUGUUGUGAAUCUUGGUCAAGGCCUUCCAGAUAUAUCCCCUCCUAUAUAUGUAAAGGAGAAAUUAUCGGAGAUUGCAGCAAUUGAUAGCCUGAACCAGUAUACACGAGGCUUUGGUCAUCCAUCACUUGUGAAAGCUCUAGCCUGCUUAUAUGAAAAAUUUUAUCAAAAUCAAAUCAAUCCAAAUAAAGAAAUCCUUGUGACAGUAGGAGCGUAUGGCUCUCUUUUUAAUGCCAUUCAAGGAUUAAUUGAUGAGGGAGAUGAAGUCAUAAUAAUAAUGCCUUUCUAUGACUGUUACGAGCCUAUGGUGAGAAUGGCUGGAGCAACACCUGUUUUUAUUCCCCUAAGAUCUAAACCUGUCGAUGGGAAAAAAUGGUCUAGUUCUGACUGGACAUUGGAUCCUCAAGAACUGGCAAGUAAAUUUAAUUCUAAAACCAAAGCUAUUAUACUGAAUACUCCACAUAACCCCAUUGGCAAGGUAUAUACCAAAGAGGAACUCCAAGUAAUUGCUGACCUUUGCAUCAAAUAUGACACACUCUGCAUCAGUGAUGAGGUUUAUGAAUGGCUUGUAUAUACUGGAAAUAAGCAUUUAAAAAUAGCUACUUUUCCAGGUAUGUGGGAGAGAACAAUAACAAUAGGAAGUGCUGGAAAGACUUUCAGUGUAACUGGCUGGAAGCUUGGCUGGUCCAUUGGUCCUCAUCAUUUGAUAAAACAUUUACAGACAGUUCAACAAAACACCAUUUAUACUUGUGCAACUCCUUUACAGGAAGCCUUGGCUCAAGCUUUUUGGAUUGACAUCAAGCGCAUGGAUGACCCAGAGUGUUACUUUAAUUCUUUGCCAAAGGAGUUAGAAGUAAAAAGAGAUCGGAUGGUACAUUUACUUGAAAGUCUUGGCCUAAAACCCAUAGUUCCUGAUGGGGGAUACUUCAUAAUUGCUGAUGUGUCUUUGCUAGAUGCAGACCUCUCUGAUAUGAAGGACAGCAAUGAACCUUAUGACUAUAAAUUUGUGAAAUGGAUGACUAAAAAUAAGAAACUGUCAGCCAUUCCAGUUUCAGCAUUCUGUAAUGCAGAGACCAAAUUACAGUUUGAGAAGUUUGUGCGAUUUUGCUUCAUAAAAAAAGAUAGUACACUGGAUGCUGCUGAAGAAAUCAUUAAGGCAUGGACUAGACAGAAGUCUUGAUACAAGCGGACUGUUUCUAUUAGAUGACCUAAUAUAGAAUUAUUAUUUAGUGCUGCCAUCUGCUGGAUUUUGAAAACAAGUAUUUUGGUACCAAUGAAAUUUGAAGAAAUAUUUCCAUUGUUUUCCAAAAUGUUAAUCCCACCGGGGUUUUUUUGUUUUGUUGUUUUUCAGUUGAAAUAUAUGAAAACACCUACCACUACCAUUUUACAUCAGGCAGUGUAUCAUUGUGGAUAAGAAUUGUGAGAUCCUGGUUUAUGCUUAACCUCUCAGUGCUUCAGUUCCCUCAUCGGAAAUAAAAUAUAGCACCUACUUUACGACA